GCGGGGCAUUGUGGGGCGGGUAAUGGCGGCGUCCGGCGCAGCUCGCAGGGCCGGGCCUUGAGGCGGCGGUCGAGGAGGCGGCGAGCGGCAGCGCCGCGCACGAGAUCCCAGCAUGGAAGACGUGCCCGGGGAGGCCGCGCUGCACCGCCUGGAGGGCCUGGCUCCGGAGACGCAGGCGGGCGGCCUGCUCAUCAGGAAGAAAAGCGCCUCGGAGGAGCAGCAUGUCUUCAAGAUCCCAGCGCCGCGCACUUCGCUGCUGGGCCUCGACCUGCUGGCCGCCCAGAAGCGCCGCGAGCGCGAGGAACGAGACAUUGGUGGCGAGGACCGGAAGAGGUCCCGCGUCUCCUCCUACAAGGAUUGGGCGGAGGGCAAGGAUGAUGGGGCAGGUGGUGAUGAAGAGGACAAUGACGCAGUGGGGCACAGCAGCCGCAAGGACAGGCAUUACCGCUCUGCUCGGGUGGAGACUCCAUCCCAUACUGGAGGAGUCAGUGAGGAGUUCUGGGAGCGGAGCCGGCAGCGAGAACGUGAGCGUCGAGAACAGGGGGUUUAUGCCUCUUCCAAGGAGGAGAAAGAGCGCAAGAGGGACCAUGGACGGGAGCGGGAGCACGAUCGCAAGCGGGAUCGAGAAGAGAGAGACCGAAGUCGUCGCAGUAGCAGCCGGUCAGAGAGGGAGAGUUCCUCAGAGAGGGGCGGUGGUGGCAGCAAUCGACGGAAUGAGCCAGAGAGCCCUCGCCACCGCCCAAAAGAUGCAGCUACACCUUCUCGUUCCAGCUGGGAGGAGGAAGACAGUGGUUAUAGCGGUUCCCGCCGUUCCCAAUGGGAAUCCCCCUCCCCCACCCCUUCCUGCAGGGAUCCUGAGCGGAGUCAUCGGGGAUCUGCUUCCCGUGAUAGUGACAGGCGUGACCGUGACCGGUCUGUAAGAAGCAAAUAUCCAGAAGAGACGCCCUUGCCAACCCCUUCGUACAAGUACAACGACUGGGCAGACAAUCAAAGACACUUGAGCACAACGCCGUGGCUCUCCCGAGGGAGAGGGAGGCGUGAGGAUGGGGAAGAUGGUAUUGCCUUUGAAACAGAGGAGGAGCGGCAGCAGUGGGAAGAUGAUCAGCGGCAAGCUGACCGAGAUUGGUACAUGAUGGACGAGGGCUACGAUGAAUUCCACAACCCACUGGCCUCUUCGUCAGAGGAGUACGUGAGGAAGCGGGAGCAGCACUUGCAGAAGCAAAAGCAGAAGCGUAUCUCGGCUCAGCGCAGGCAAAUCAAUGAGGAUAAUGAGCGGUGGGAGACGAACCGCAUGCUCACGAGUGGCGUGGUGCAGCGCCUGGAAGUGGACGAGGACUUUGAGGAGGACAACGCUGCCAAGGUCCACCUCCUGGUCCACAAUCUGGUGCCUCCCUUCCUGGAUGGGCGCAUCGUCUUCACCAAGCAGCCUGAGCCUGUCAUCCCCGUCAAAGACGCUACCUCGGACCUGGCGAUCAUUGCCCGGAAAGGCAGCCAGCUGGUGCGCAAGCACCGCGAGCAGAAGGAGCGCAAAAAGGCACAGCACAGGCACUGGGAGCUGGCCGGUACCAAACUGGGAAAUCUUAUGGGUAUCAAGAAGGAGGAAGAGGAGGAGGGCCCAAACCAGAUUUUAGCUGAGGACGGAACUGUGGAUUACAAGACAGAGCAGAAGUUUGCUGAUCACAUGAAAGAGAAGAGCGAGGCCAGCAGUGAGUUUGCCAAGAAGAAGUCGAUCGUGGAGCAAAGACAGUAUUUGCCCAUCUUUGCGGUGCAGCAGGAGCUGCUGACUGUCAUUCGGGACAACAGCAUCGUGAUUGUUGUCGGGGAGACCGGCAGCGGCAAGACCACGCAGCUGACGCAGUACCUGCACGAGGACAGCUACACCGACUACGGCAUGAUCGGCUGCACGCAGCCCCGGCGGGUGGCCGCCAUGUCGGUGGCCAAGCGCGUCAGCGAGGAGAUGGGCGUGAGCCUCGGGGAGGAGGUGGGCUACGCCAUCCGCUUUGAGGACUGCACCUCGGAGAACACGGUCAUCAAGUACAUGACAGACGGGAUCCUGCUGCGCGAGUCCCUGCGGGAAGCUGACCUGGACCACUACAGCGCGAUCAUCAUGGACGAGGCCCACGAGCGCUCCCUGAACACGGAUGUGCUGUUCGGCCUCCUGCGAGAGGUGGUGGCUCGGCGCUCAGAUCUGAAGCUGAUUGUGACCUCGGCCACCAUGGAUGCGGAGAAGUUUGCUGCUUUCUUUGGGAACGUGCCCAUCUUCCACAUCCCAGGCCGCACGUUCCCUGUCGACGUCCUCUUCAGUAAGACCCCGCAGGAGGACUACGUGGAGGCCGCCGUGAAGCAGGCCCUGCAGGUGCACCUGUCCAGCGCUCCCGGGGACAUCCUGAUCUUCAUGCCCGGCCAGGAGGACAUUGAGGUGACCUCGGAGCAGAUUGUGGAGCACCUGGAGGAGCUGGAGAACGCCCCUGCCCUGGCCGUGCUGCCCAUCUACUCGCAGCUGCCUUCUGACUUGCAGGCCAAGAUUUUCCAAAAGGCCCCAGAUGGUGUCCGGAAGUGCAUUGUAGCCACCAACAUCGCGGAGACCUCGCUGACCGUGGACGGGAUCAUGUUCGUGAUCGACUCUGGCUAUUGCAAGCUGAAGGUCUUCAACCCACGGAUUGGCAUGGAUGCCUUGCAGAUCUACCCAAUCAGCCAGGCCAAUGCCAACCAGCGCUCGGGCCGAGCUGGAAGGACAGGCCCAGGUCAGUGUUUCAGGUUGUACACCCAGAGUGCGUACAAGAACGAGCUGCUGACAACCACCGUGCCAGAGAUCCAGCGCACCAACCUGGCCAACGUGGUGCUCCUGCUCAAGUCGCUGGGGGUGCAGGACCUGCUGCAGUUCCACUUCAUGGACCCUCCUCCCGAGGACAACAUGCUCAACUCCAUGUACCAGCUGUGGAUCUUGGGGGCACUGGACAACACAGGUGGGCUGACCUCAACCGGGCGCCUGAUGGUGGAGUUCCCCCUGGAUCCAGCCCUCUCCAAGAUGCUGAUCGUCUCCUGCGACAUGGGCUGCAGCUCCGAGAUCCUGCUGAUCGUCUCCAUGCUGUCUGUGCCAGCCAUUUUCUACCGGCCCAAGGGGCGGGAGGAGGAGAGCGACCAGGUGCGGGAGAAGUUUGCCGUCCCGGAGAGCGACCACUUGACCUACCUGAAUGUGUACCUGCAGUGGAAGAACAGCAGCUACUCCAGCUUGUGGUGCAACGAGCACUUCAUCCACGCCAAGGCCAUGCGCAAGGUGCGGGAAGUGCGGGCCCAGCUGAAGGACAUCAUGGUGCAGCAGCGCAUGAGCCUGGCCUCGUGCGGCACGGAUUGGGACGUGGUUCGCAAGUGCAUCUGUGCCGCUUACUUCCACCAGGCCGCCAAGCUCAAGGGCAUCGGGGAAUACGUCAACAUCCGCACGGGCAUGCCCUGCCACCUCCACCCCACUAGCUCACUUUUCGGCAUGGGCUACACACCCGACUACGUUGUCUACCACGAGCUUGUGAUGACCACCAAGGAGUACAUGCAGUGCGUCACGGCUGUGGACGGCGAGUGGCUGGCUGAGCUGGGGCCGAUGUUCUACAGCAUCAAGCAUGCGGGGAAGUCUCGCCAGGAGAGCCGCCGGCGUGCCAAGGAGGAGGCCUCUGCCAUGGAGGAGGAGAUGGCUCUGGCGGAAGAGCAGCUGCGGGCCCGCCGAGAGGAGCAAGAGCGCCGCAACCCGGUGGGCAGCGUGAGGUCCACCAAGAUCUACACGCCCGGGCGCAAGGAGCAAGGCCAGCCCGCCACCCCCCGCCACACGCCCGCCCGCUUUGGUCUGUAACCGCCGCCACCGCUGCGGCCGUGUACAUAGGUUUCCCACCAGAGUCAGCUGGGCAGGGCCCACCUUGGACAGACACUGAGAAAUAAUUUUAUUGUUUAUAUAAAUGUUGCUGCUUCCUGA